AUGACGUCGGUCGAAGACCAGUCCAUCGCAGAGGGGGCCCCGCGCAUCAAGUUCGCUUGCCACGUUUCCGAAGAUGCCGAGCAAAAGCUUGAGCCGCUCUUGUCGGAAUUCCGCCGCCUUUGCGAGGCACUUGCGGCGGCCGUGGUCCUUUUGGAAGAAACUGGGGCCGCCCCCGUGCUGCCAGAUGGCCUUGUUGCUGGCAACUGCUCUGCGCUGCUCCGGGGCACAUCUGAGGAGAUGCUUCUUGUGAGCAGAUCUGGCAAGGAUGCUGGCAUGAUGCCCAGUGAAGCGGACUUCGUGGCUGUUCAAGCCUUCGACUGGGAAGGAUGGAGCUGCCACUUCUGCCCUGCAAAGCCCGGAGCAAGACCCACAUCUGACACGCCUUUGCACUGGGCUUGCCUCAUGAAAGCAGCAACGACGUUUGCCUGGCUUGAGCGUCCUCUGGUGGCCCUACAUGGACAUGCUCUGGCUGAGAAGGAGGGCCUGGAGAAGGCCAAAGCGCUGAAGCUUCCCAUCAGCCACGAGGAGACACUCUUCAGCACCCCGGAGGACGUGGAAGCCCUGCUGGACCUGUUCCGAGACUUCCCGUAUCCAGAGAACAAGGUGUUCAUCCGCAGGGGUCAUGGGUUCUUGAUUCUGUCCGACAGCGUUCCGGGCGCAAUCGAGGAGCUUCGCAAGCUGGAGCCGCACUUCGAAACGCGACCCAAAGCCAAGCGACCCAGAGCCACGUUGCCGGAGUAUCAGGCCCCUUUUGAAGCAAAUGGCUCUGGGAAGGCCGCGUCUGACCUAGCCUAA